UUUUUUUAUUACCUACCUUGUGAUAAGGCGGUUGUUUAAAAAAAUGAUAAAAAUAUUAUUCCUAUUAUUUAUUUUACAAAUUGAAGUUGCUUAUAACGAUCAAAACAUUCCAAUUGUAGUAACAACUUGGAAUUUUUUAAACUCAACUAUUAGAGCAUGGGAUAUAUUGCAAAAUGGCGGGUCAGCAUUAGAUGCAGUGGAGCAAGGUGCUACUGUGUGUGAGGAGCAGCAAUGCGACAGAACCGUUGGCUUCGGCGGCAGUCCAGACGAGGACGGGGAAACUACUCUAGAUGCACUUCUUAUGGAUGGUAAAACAAUGAAUGUUGGUGCAGUGGCAGCCCUUAGAAGGAUCAAGAGUGCUAUAUCAGUAGCAAGACAUGUACUAGAGCAUACAACGCACUCCAUCCUGGUCGGGGACCAGGCAACAGAUUUUGCCAAGCAGAUGGGCUUCCAUGAGGAGACACUCACCACUGCUGAAUCUAAGAAACUCUGGAUGAAGUGGCACAAUGAAAAUCAUUGUCAACCUAACUUUUGGGUGGAUGUCACCCCAGAUCCAAGUAAACACUGCGGUCCAUACAAACCAGUGAUACAUGUAAAACCCAGAAAAUACACUGGACCCCAUGUGGACCAGUAUAACCAUGACACUAUUGGCAUGGUGGCUAUAGAUCAGAAUGGUGACGUAGCAGCUGGAACAUCUACUAAUGGAGCUAAAUAUAAAAUUCCUGGAAGAGUGGGCGACUCCCCGAUUCCUGGUGCAGGCGCAUACGCAGAUAACGCAGUGGGCGGCGCGGCGGCCACGGGUGACGGGGAUCUUAUGCUGCGAUUUCUACCCAGUUUCGUAGCAGUUGAGGAAAUGCGGCGCGGCACCCCUCCUACUCAAGCGGCGCAAGCGGCGAUAGGGAGGAUCCGGACCCACUAUCCCGACUUCAUGGGGGCUGUAGUAGCCUUGUCAAAAGACGGAGAAUACGGAGCUGCAUGCAACGGAAUAGCGGCAUUCCCGUUUUAUGUCCGGGACCGUAAUCAUUCAAAAAGUGGACCAGUCAUAGUAGAAUGUUAAAUAUGUUGUUAAUAUUAUUAUUUUAUUAUAUAUCGUUUGGUAUUAUA